UCAGAGUGGAAUUUUAGCCGACAAAUUUGCAUCAGACUGUACUGAAAAGAAGGGGUAGAAGACUUUUAUAACUUUGUCUUUACCCCAAAGAAUGGAUACAAAAUGCUUCUUGCUUGGUGCUGAACAAGUAAGUUGCAAGGCCACUGUCAUACAGCCAGGUCAAUUUCCACAUUAACUCAAUGUGUGACUUCUUUCUAUUACAUAUGUUGGGAUCUGUGUAUAUAUUUCUGUGUUGAACAAGUAAAAUUGCGAGUUCCAUUUUUCUCCAACAUGGGCGUUUUUCAUCAUGAGGAGUCACCAAAUCCUUCCAGGAAAUGUAAAUUCCUGUCUGCAACUUUCAAGGAUGCAUUUUCCAAUUGCCGCCCUUGUGGACGGAUUUCGAAGCCAAGCCCGGAUGUGGAGUACUCAGCCAGUGACAUAGAUUAUGAGCAGGAAGUUCUUGUUUCAGAAAUCCGAAGCCGAGCCAUGGAAAAAUCUAGGCAAAGAUCAUUUGUUCUGACUGAUAGUUUUUCUUGGGUAUUUUCUCCAAGGACCGGGGAAUUGUUCUUGGCUCCGAAGAUUGUGAAGCAAAGGGAGGAUGGUGAUGAAGAUGCUGAUGAUAAAGAAGAUGAUGGCGAUGAAGAAAAUGAUGAAGAAAGAGAGGAAUUUCUCUCUGUUGGGAGUUGUUUUACGUGUUGUUCAAGUGCUUUGAGCAAAGAAGUGUUUCUAUCUGUGCAGACAAACUUGUCUCGCUGCUCAAGCUUUAGUGAGCUUAUUGACUUUAAAGAUUUUCCAAGGCGUGAUAUACUUCAGGAGUUAUGUCACUGUGAAGGAUGGCCAUUUGGUCUUUGCAGGAAAGCUGUGUUACUUCCACCUUUGCCCAAGUCUCCGACAGAAUCUUGGUCUUGGCGUAAAGGCAGCAGAAUAGUAAAGAAUUAAAAUGGCUCGAGGGCGAAGUGGAUGGGAACCACAGUUAGCGGCUACCUUCCCUGAAAAAGAGUUGAUUCUGUCAUUAAAAUUUAAAACCCCAACAGAGAUUGAGGAAACAAAAGGCAAUUUUUCCUACAAUAGAAUGACCCAAAUUAGAACUUGCAGAGUCCUGGAUUUGAAACCAAAUGUACCAAUUACAUUUCUGUUAUAAUUGGAAACUGAUCAGUGUUUUUAUGUUUUUUAAACAA